AAAAGGUGAAAGAAGAGGAAGAAGCUGCGAUUUGUGUACGUGUGUGUUUUGAGUUAGCGACGUGGUGAUUACCACGGAACCGAUCCGAUCCGAUCCCCGAUAGAAUCCAGCACUUCCAUGCAGAUGCGCGUUCCUCUCCAGCGAGCAGCCCUGCUGCUGCCUCUCAUCCUAAUCCUCGGCACGGCGAGAGGGCAACGCGUCGCGCCCGGCGUUAAUCCGCAGCACUAUCAACAAGUUCCCCAGCAGGUGCCCCAGCACCAUCCGCCGCCACCGCCGCAACAUCAGCAGCAGUACCAGCAACAGGUCCAUUCGGCUCCCGGAGUGCCCCCCGUGCAAUAUCAAUAUGAACCGGUGCCAGUGCAGCAACAGCAACCGGUGCAAUAUCAGCAAGUUCCUGUGCAGCAACAGCAACAGCAGCAGCAGCCGCCAGUCCAUCAGCCCCAGCAGCAACAAGUGCACCACCAGCAACAGCAGCAACAGGUUCACCAGCAGGCGCAUGCCGGUGGCCACCACCAUGGCCAGCCGCAGCAAGUGCUGAACACCGGAAACAUCCAACAGGAGCGAGCUCACAUCCAAGAGCACAUGCAGGUGCCCAUCGAUACGAGCAAAAUGUCCGAGGCUGAGUUGCAGUUCCAUUAUUUCAAGAUGCACGACUCCGACAACAACAACAAGCUGGACGGCUGCGAGUUGAUCAAGUCUCUGAUCCAUUGGCACGAGCAAGGCAGCAAGGAGCAGCCUAACGGCGAGAAGCCGCAUGUUGAGGAAAAGGUCUUCUCCGACGAGGAGCUGGUAGCCCUCAUCGAUCCCAUCCUUCAGAUGGACGACACUUCACGUGACGGCUACAUUGACUAUCCCGAGUUCAUCAAGGCCCAGCAGAAGGCUGCCGAAAAGCAACAACAGCAACAGCAGCAGCAACAACAACAGCAGCAGCAACAGCAGCCGCAACAACAUCAGCAGCCUAUUCAUUAGUAGACACCCAGAGAUCCGUUUAGUUCGCACACAUAACCAAGUCCUGGUCCUUGUGAUGUUCCACACAUACUCCUGCUUUCUUUCCAACACAUCAUGAAAUUACGUUGUAAACGGUUUUAGAGCACUCCCUAAAAUCUAGUUGAAUCAAUUUUACUUAAUUUGCUGCAAGCAUUCCAUCGGAGAACAUCAUUGAACAAAUUGAAACUAAUCCUUCCAAGAACUUUUCCAAAAGAUACCCACUUCGAAUAAUGAACACGAAUCUCGAGUGGUUUGUGCAAUUUCAACUGGUUUCCUUGGCUUUUGUUUUCCAUUGUCAUAAUUUUAGUUACUUUCGAUAUAACAUAAUUUUUAAGCGCAACUAGAGAGCAGCAACACAAACAGACUGAUUGUUUAAACGUUUGUUUUGUACAAAAAGCGAAAAAUUACGCAAAAAAAAAUGAGUCGAAGAAACCCCCAACUAUGUGAAAACCUUUUUGAAACUGAAACAUUCAAUUU